AUGGGCCGAUGCGGCAGGCAGGCUCCGCCCAGGACCGGCCACGUGACCCAGACCCUGCCCGCCUCUGAUUGGCCGUUCCGUGUUGCCUUUCGGCCGGCAGCAUGGGGAGGUCGUCACGUGGGGGCGGCGGAGGCCGCGGCGCCUCAGGGACUGGCGGGCAUGGAGCCGCUGGCUGCAGGGGCCGGGGGCGGCGAGAGGCCAGCAGCCCCGGAGGGAGAGUCGCAGUCUUCGCUAGCCGCACGGGCCCAGGUAGAGGAGGCGCAGUCCGAGCCCGAGACGGAGCCUCAACCGCUGGAGGAGCCGCCCAGGGCAGCGGCGGUCAACUUGGCCAUGUCUGAUCAUUUCUAUCAAAAGAAGGAAGGAGAUGAGGAUGAGGUCAUGAAAUGGAGACCCAAACUAGCCUGUGGGGCCCAGAAUGUGCCCAUCCUAGAAGGUGACCAUCCUGAUGAGGAUGAGGUACAGGACUAUGGGGACUCUGAGGAAGACUUGAACUGGGAGCUGGAAGAUAGAGUGGAGAAUAGCCUCCCUCCAGAGCCAAGGGCUGAGCCUCCUGUCAAGGAGGACUGGGACACUGAGCUGAUAUUGGACCAAGGGAAUCCAUAUGGUGCCGAAGAUAUCCACCGUGCCAGCAUUCAAGACUUCUGUCUCUGGGCACCUCGGGCCCAGCAAGGAGACUUGAUUUAUGAUCCAAGUUGGCACCACCCAGCCCCCUUGACUCCCCACUAUUCCAAAAUGGUCUUUGAGACGGGGCAGUUCGAUGAUGCUGAUGACUGAUCAGAAACUUCAGGAUGCUUUCCUGCCUUGUGGGCUAGGCCAAGGGGCUCCCCAUGGCUUUCUUCCUGUCUAUCACAUUCCCUCGUGCCCGCUUAUGAGGUGGGUUCUCACACUGGGGAAAGGUGUUGGGACAGAUUCUGGAAGCUGCUGUAUUUUCACAGACUGUUGUGUUUAAGAAGGGAAAGAAAGCUUUCCUCCCCAGUUUUCUUUUGGGUUUUGUUGGCACAAUCUUGCCUGGAACAAAGGGUGGGUUCUGUGAUAUUGGUGGAGGGGGGGGAGGAUCCUGGAGGGUGAUUUUUUUUUUCUUAAAUAAAAGUUGAAAAAUCA